AUGCCAGGAGGAACCCGAUACCCAAUUCCUCUACCUGACCAGGAGCACCGACCCGUCCCCAGAGCAAACGUGGACUUCGAAGACGUGAAAAAGGAUAUCGAUACGCUGAAUGAGGACACGGACCUUUUCUACAAUCAAGCUGCACGCAAAGCAAAGCAGAACCGAGACUUGACUGGAUGUUACAAACAUGCAAAACACUUUCCGGUUGUGAACAUCAGAUACAAUGGGAAACGGCAAACGCUUGGACACUUCAAUACGUGGGCACAAGUUUCCUUUGCCUGGGCGAUUGUUCUCCACAUCACGGAUGCAGUCCGAAACGAAACAGACCUGGAAUCAGAGGAAAUCUUCAAAGCAGCAGGCUCAGAGGCCCAUUCUGUGGUGGUACAUGGAGUAGUGGGGAUGUACUGGAAUGAGAACGUGAAGAAAGCCUUGACAAAAGGUGGUAAAAAAGACUAA